AUGUUUCGCAACGCAGCCUCAGUAGUGGACACAGAUGACAGCUUCAUGGAUGAAGACCUGUUUAUGCAAAGACAGUUUGAUGCCUUCAGUGUAACGAUGGCUGUCCUUUACUUGGUUGUCUGCGUCGUUGGACUUGGUGGGAACUCCCUUGUCAUAAUCACUAUUUUGAAACUGGACAAAAUGUCAUCCGCCACCACUGUAUACAUCUUCAACUUAGCUUUGGCUGACGGCCUCUUCAUGAUAGGUCUCCCCUUCAUUGCUAUCCAAAACUUUCAGAAUCACUGGCCCUUUGGAGACUUGACAUGUAAACUGGUGAUGGUUCUGGAUGGCAUCAACCAAUUUACCAGUGUCUUCUGUCUGACCGUCAUGAGCGUGGAUCGUUACAUGGCGCUGGUAGACCCGCUUCGGUUUGCCCAUUGGCGAACACCAAGGAGGGCCAAGAUUAUAGCGGCAUUCCUGUGGUUGUUCUCACUUCUCCCUGUCCUUCCCAUGGCGGUAUACUUCUCGGCCCACUAUGGCCUUUGCACUGUGGACCCGUACGUGGCCCCUCACACCUGGUGGCUCACCUUCCUCAUCUACGCCUUCAUGUUGGGCUUUGCCCUACCCUUCACUGUGAUGAUUGUAUUCUACAGUGCCCUGGUGGUCACACUGAGGAGCGCACGUCAGCAGAGCAGAACUGUAUCUACACCAGAGACUCAGAAACAGGAGAAGCAGAUCACUAAGAUGGUGGUGGCUGUUGUUCUGGUAUUUGGCGUGUGCUGGCUGCCCUUUUACGUCUUAAACUUCUGUUCUCUGCAGCGCAAUGAUCCCAUGCUUAUUUUUGCCAGGAGCUUUGAGUUUGUGGUCCUGCUUUCCUAUUCCUGGAGCUGCGCUAACCCAAUCUUGUAUGCCUGCUUCUCCGAAACCUUUGGCAGGUAUUUCCGGGCUCUUCUCUGUCCCUGUAAAAGUCCUCCGCGCACACACUGCAAUGGGGACACUGAGGGCUAUGACCUCCAUGACACAAAUGGGCAGAGCAUUAAUGUGUUAGCUUAG